CGCACCUGUUUUAGGGUAAUUACGGUAGAGAAGGAGCCUAACUGUCCCCGAACAUCUCCGGCACCAGUAAUUCAACACGCUUUUCACUGGGGGUGAUCGGAGCGGAGAGGAGACGAGAGCAAAGGAAAGGACAAGACAGGGGGCAGACGAGAUGCCAAAAAUUGUAGUAGCUUGGACAAGUAAAGGGACUUGUGCAUCAUUCUGCGCCUGAGACGCUAAAAAAAAAACCAAAAACAUUGCGGAGCAAAACUUAAGUGGUGCGCGGCCAGCCAGCUAGCAUGCAGCGACGGCUCCGCUAAGUGCUGCGUGCGCCACUUCUGAGAAAGGGGAAGCGCUUCGGAGCAAGAAAGAAGGAGAAGAAAGGACGGAGUCCUAAAAAGAGCGAGCACCGCCGCGUCGAGUGAUGGUCGCCCUCUGUGCUCACUGAACACGUCGCUACAGCCGCCGACGCUGCUGCCGUUAAGAUUCUGCUGUCUUCUUUUCUUUAACGUGCUUCUUCUUUGGGAUCACCCGGACUGAUCUUCAAAACCUGGAAGUGAAAAUCCACAUGGUCGAACAGAAGUAACGUGCGUCUUGAGCUCUGCACACUUUACACACAGGUGACCCGUGAUGAUGGUAGAAUCGGCAACUGAGACCAUUCGAACUACCCCCUCCAGUCAGAAUGGAGUGAGCAGUCUGAGCAGCCAGCCAGACAGUGGUGGGAGAGAAGGCGGGUCCAGCGUGGAAGCCAAUGGGGAAGUGAGCCCUGUUGACUUGCUGCAUCUUCAGCAACAGCAAGCUCUGCAGGCAGCGCGUCAGUUCCUUCUCCAGCAAGCAACAGGCUUGAAUUCUCCCAGCAGCAAUGAGAACAAGCAAGCAGCUGUGCAGGUUCCUGUGUCUGUGGCCAUGAUGACCCCUCAGAUGAUCACACCUCAGCAGAUGCAGCAGAUCUUGUCUCCUCCACAGCUGCAGGCUCUUCUCCAGCAACAGCAAGCUCUAAUGUUGCAGCAGCUGCAGGAAUAUUAUAAGAAGCAGCAGGAGCAGCUUCAUCUUCAACUGCUGACACAACAACAGCAGCAAGCAGGGAAACAGGCCAAAGAGCAGCAGCUGGGAAACAAACAGCUGGCUUUCCAACAGCAGCUUAUUCAGAUGCAGCAGCUCCAACAGCAACACCUGCUCAACCUGCAGAGGCAAGGACUGGUGAGCCUACAACCCAGUCAGGGCGCCAUGCCCAUGCAGACGCUCCAGCAAGCUAUGUGCCCCUCAGACCUACAGCAGCUCUGGAAAGAUGUAGCCAAUGCACAGAAUGUUGAUGAAAACAUGAAACAUGAAGGCCUCGAUCUGACAACCAAUAGCUCCAACUCUACCUCUUAUUCGGCCAGCAAGGUCUCACCUCAGAUAACUCACCAUUCUUUGCCAAAUGGACAGAGCUCAUUACACACUCCAAAGAGAGAGAGCUCUUCUCACGAGGAGCACACUGCUUCUCAUCCUCUGUACGGACACGGCGAGUGCAAAUGGCCCGGCUGCGAAGCGCUGUGUGAAGACAUGGGACAGUUUAUCAAGCAUCUCAACAGUGAACACGCGCUUGAUGACAGGAGCACAGCUCAAUGUAGAGUGCAGAUGCAAGUUGUUCAGCAGCUAGAGAUUCAGUUGGCCAAAGAAAGUGAGCGUCUCCAGGCGAUGAUGACACAUCUGCACAUGAGACCAACAGAGCCAAAGCCUUUCAACCAGCCUCUGAAUUUGGCAUCUAGUGCCUCUCUUUUGAAAAGAGAGGGGGACACGUUUCCAGAAGGUUUACCUCACCCUCCCACCUCUGCCACAGCCCCAAUUACCCCACUACGCCAAGGACCCUCUGUUAUCAGCUCCUCCAGUCUUCAUAGCGUUGGGGGCCCCAUUCGUAGGAGGAACUCUGACAAGUUUUGCACCCCAAUCGCAUCAGAACUUGCACAGAAUCAUGAAUUCUACAAAAAUGCUGACGUCAGACCUCCUUUCACUUACGCUUCACUCAUAAGACAUGCUAUACUGGAAGCGCCUGAUCGGCAGUUAACACUGAAUGAGAUUUAUAAUUGGUUUACAAGGAUGUUUGCUUAUUUCAGGAGAAACACAGCAACAUGGAAGAAUGCUGUUCGCCACAACUUGAGCCUGCACAAGUGCUUUGUCCGAGUGGAGAAUGUUAAGGGGGCAGUAUGGACAGUGGACGAAGUUGAAUAUCAGAAGCGGAGACCACCAAAGAUGACCGGGAGCCCAACUCUUGUGAAGAACAUGAUUUCAGGUCUUGGCUAUGGAUCCCUCAAUGCUAGCUACCAGGCGGCCUUGGCAGAGAGCAGCUUGCCACUUUUGAACAGCCCCACACUGGUAAAUGCAUCGACAGGAGGCAGCAUGAAUAUGCUGCACAUUGGACAUGAUGAUGUGAGCAGCACAGUGGAGCAGAUUCACAGUAAUGGAAGCAGCAGUCCUGGCCUCUCACCUCAACAGUAUGGGCACCAAGUUCAUGUUAAAGAGGAGCCAGCAGAGAUGGAGGAGGACAAAAGAUCAGUGUCACUGAUGCCUGCAGUGAGCCAAACUCUGGUGAUGCCUGGUGAUGAUCGGGUCAUGGAAGAGGAACUCCCGGGGGAAGAGCUGGAGUAAGGUGUCCAGCCUUUCCAACUCCACUCCCCUUCCCACCCAGCCUGGUGCAUCCUUGUCGUCUUGUAAAGAAAAAUGAAACAGCAACAGGGUCAGUCAGUCCUUCCAUCUAUCUGUUCAUGAGCUUCAGACUUGCACAAAGCAUUGGCACUCUACAGAGUGGCCCUCAUUGGGCUUGUACUUUCCUUCAGUUACAUAUCGUCGGAAGUUCAGUGACCAAAACUUGAUUGCAAUGCUUCCUGAAGCGCCUAGGGUGCUAGAUUCCUCUUUCAGAUUUUAUCUGGCACCUGCAUGCCCUGGAAAUAUUAAGGUUUUCCCUUGGAGGUGACACCUCCAUGUGUAUGCAGUAUGCUGCCUCUUCAGUUUUUUUCUGCUUCUUUGUUGAUUUUGAUUUUUUUUUUUUUACAAUGUUUUUGAAUGUUUUUAUUUCACCAAACCUCAUGUGCAGCCCAUGUAGUAGGGCUGAGGAGAAAAAAUAUUCCUUCAGAAGGACCUCCAUCUCUCCUCCAUCCUGCAAGGGAGAUAAACUGUUUCAAUAAUAAUGGACCAAAGGGGGAAGGGGAUACAAAAUGAUUAAAGAAUGGAGAGGUGGGGAGUGGACCAAGAUGGCUAUCAAAUGAAAGAGAGUGACAGAGGGAAAGAGAACUCUACUGCAUGGAGAACUGUUGAAGUCCCAGUCUGAGGAGCAGAUUUUUAAGCCAGCUUCAUUGUGCUAUUGAAAUACCUGUGGUCUCACAGCAUCAUUUGUUCUGUUUGGAAGCUCCCAUGGAAUCCCAGUAGGUGGAGGGAUGAAUGCAUAAUGCUAAAGAGCUGAGGACAACAUUUAUUCCCUCUCUUUUGCCAGAUAUGUGGAUCUGGGUGAGAGCUGUGGGUACAUCUUGAAUUAUAAGGUCGAUUCCCAGUCUCCUCAUACAAAUCUCCAUAUAUUUUAAGGGUGGUUGUGUCUGAGCUAAUGGAGGAUGUUCUUUGGUGGCCAGUCAGCUGCCUGCUUUCUCACCUACAAGCACAAGCUAAAGUUAACAUGCCGGUAAAGAAGCAAAACCAGAACAUGCACGGAGUUACCUCUUCAGUACAACCCCCACUGCUGCUGUGUUCCCAUCAAGAUGUACAACACCCGCUUUCAGAGACCUAAACCUAUGAGACCCAUGGCGACUGCUUAUCCAUCUUGUUUUCUUGUUUUAAUUUUUUCUCUCCAUAUUUCCAAAUGUAAAUUUCUUCAAGCAGCACUUAAACCACCAUGAUAUAUAAGCUAGCCAGCAAAGAGGUGUGCAGAGGAACGCAGAGGUGUUCUCCAUCUCACCGGCCCAUUCCUUCAAUAAGGCGGCAGGUUUUGUACCAGAGCCCUGAGUCCCAUUUGCUCGCAGUGCUCCUUCUGUGUGUUGUCUGUCUUAUUGAUGUCAGUGCUUAUGCAAAAGCAUUGUGUUAAAUGGAAGAAAAAAUAGAAAAACUGGGGGGUGGGGUGGGGGUGGUGUUUAGGAUAAAAAUUAAAAAACAAAAAAAAAAAAAAACCUCUUACAAUGACACGAUACCUCAUUCCACUGAAGGUCCAGACCCUGACUAUGUACCCGGUUUAAACUUUAGGGGGACUCCACCACACGCUAUGCGUAUUUAAAUAUAUAUAUAUGUGUGUGUGUGUGUGUAUGUGUACGUGUGCGUGCAUGCAUGGAGUUCACCAUGUGAACUGAGGUUGUCUUUUUGGAACAGCUAGUGAGAUUUGAAACUUUUGUCCAUGAGCACAAAAGCAUACCACUUCUAUAGAAACCGUACCAAAAUGUAAUACUGUUUUCCGACUCUGUAUUUGUCUUGUUUUAUUAUUAGUUUUUUUCCUUGUUUUCUUUGAUUUACAGGUUACCAAAGAAAUAUGUAUGAAACCAAAAACCCAUUUUUAGUUCAUUGACUUUUUUUUUUAUUCUUCCCCUCAGUUUUCCAAAAAAUUUUACACCUCAGCUGUUUGUGGGGGUUUUAAAUUGUAUUUAUUAUAAUUUUUUUAUGUAUCUUGUUUGCUUACUGUACAGAGCAUUGCAAACCAAAGUGACAUGAUUUGGUUUCUUAAACACUACCGGUUGUCUAAGAAGCAUAAAGAUGUGGUCAGGCCAAAAAGCAGGCAGAAGAAAAUCCAAACAGUAUUAAGAGACCUCUCGCAGUUCCUAGAAAAGAAAAAUAAAAAGAAAAGCACUUAAUGCUGUAUCCUUGUUGCUCAGGCUACAACAAUGUUGUAAACACAGACUUUAGGGUUCAUGUAAGAGAUAAGAAGGCUCUUCCAACCCUCUUUUCCAUUUGGACCAGUAAAGCACUUAAGAGAUUCUUUCUUUCUUUCUUUCUUUCUUUCUUUCUUUCUUUCUUUCUUUCUUUCUUUCUUUGUAGAAGCUAGGCAACGCAUUAACUGGUGACACUAGCAGAAUUGGGGGUGUCGUGUCUGACUACCCAUUUAAACAGUUGCUGUGGAGCAGAAACGAAGGAGAACGGUUCUCCUAAAUCUAGCAUUGGCACACCUUGAUACAGGCAGAGGCCUCUGUUUUCAAGGUGUCCAGAAGUGGGACUCUGGAGACUUCUUUGAAUGAUCAGCCUGGAUUGUUUAGGAGUGCUUAACCUGAUAAAUACACCAGUCCACCGAGUGCCAUAUCUUUGUGUCUAGAGAACUGUGUGAACUGUCUUAAGGUAGCGGGUAGGUUUUAAUUGGAACUUCAAUUAAACUGAAGGGGGAUAAAGAGAACAAUGCACAUACAGUGUCAUAAUAAUUGGAAGGCUGUGACAGUAGCCACAUUGCUUCAGACAAAAAACCUUCUUAAUUAGACUUGUUUGUGGAAAAGUGUCUACAGUUUACACGCACGUGGCUGAAACGCACGGAGUGCAUGUUCAUAGAAGCCAUUGCAGUAAUCCAAAUACCAAUGUUAGUAAUAAUAUAAUGACACUACCUCUUCAGAAGAGAAUGUCAGAGAGUAAACAAUUGUUGUGACGCUGAUUUCACUUUUUUUUUUAUGUAUUUUUCCCCUUAAGUUUUGAAUACCAAAUUGAUUUUAUUUCCCAAGUUCAUGCAGCGUGUAUUAAAGUGUUAGAUUAAAGCAUAAGCCUCACACUACAUCUGAUAUACAAAAAUCAAGAAGUAUUAAAUAACUGAUAACAAUGACACAGAAAAAGUACUACCUCUUCCCAAAAACUAUUAUUCCAUAAUUGUUAUUAGACAUUUUGAGCUAUUGCUAUACAGAAUGCAUCAUCCUUAAGUGGUCCAUUACCAUACAAAACACGUGGAAACAGCUUUUACAUCCAAGCAUCAUUUUGUUUGCUAAUUACUGUAUUUUAAUGAAGGCUGGCUCUCAAGAAGCUGCUGAGGUCAAAUGUUGUGCUCACUGGAGAAACCCUUUCAGUAGUGGGACCAGUCCUGGCAGAGCCGUCUUCACAAGGCAAGCCUCCUGCUUCCAAAAGAAGCAGUAUUUCAUGAAAGGGAAAUGUCUGAGACCCUUAUUAUAACACGUCGUCUCAUGAAUGUAACGUUAUUACUUUGAACCUAUGUAGUAUGCUAUGUCUGUCAAUGCGUUCGGAUGCCUUUUUGAGGAUGGCUCUUUUUUGUUUGUUUUUACUGUCUUUUUUGUGGUAUUAUGUUUAAACUUUGUAUUUUUUUUUCAAAAAUUGCCUGAAAUGAAACACUAAAUACAGAAAAUACAUAUAUUUACCUGUAUAUCUCAUUUUGAUGUGUAAAAUUCCUUCCUCACAAACCCAAGUCAAAUAAAGAGGUUCUUAAUGUACCUUAGUAGCAUAAAAUGUCAUGUGGUGGAAAUGGAUAAACUUUUUGACUGCAUCACCCAGUGCCUGCCAUAAUGGAAUAGAGAACUAUUAUUAAACAGAUAUCUUGGGGGAUUCUUUUAUUUCCCUACUUUGUAUCCCAUAAUUUCAGAAUAUUGUUGUAAACAUCAUCAUUAUUUUUCCCAAGUCUUUUUUUAUACACAGUUAAAUAUUCGAUUUUAUUCCCUGUACAGUUAGUUAAAGUAAAGUUAAAGAAUGUUUAUGUGUGCAUUUGAGAAUUUAUGUAUAUAGCUUUCAGUGUGUGUUAGUAAACUGAUUGCAACAGCAAUGCAAAACUUAGAAGUGCAUAGUUACUCAACAUCCCUGAUCCAGCAUAUAUCCAAACUCAUCUAUAUCUUCAUGGCCUGGUGGGAAGCCACAUCCGUACUGCUUCCAGGACCAUCACUGAUCGAGGAUUGAUUUUCCACGUAAGGCCUUCAGCCCGUAAAAUGCUGUGAAUACUUUCUGAUUUGUUUAGAAGAAGGAACUUGGCUGUUGUUUGCUGGCAUAGUUCAAGAACUUGUAUCGACAUCACACUUUUUUCCAUGUGAGUUUAUAAUAUGUAUGUACUGAAGUAUGUACAUAUUAUUCAUGCUUUAAAUGUGUGCAGUUACA